AUGUCGCCCCCGGACACCGGCAACUCUCCGCUGGUGAUAAUACCCUCCAGCCAGAAACCCAUCAAAAAACCUAAACGAGAAAAGACCGGGCACAAGAAACGAGCCAGACAAGACGACGAUGAGCCCGUCGUUGUUGAGGAGACCCCGCCAAGAAAGCCGAAGCGGCCCAAGAGCGACACCCACAAUGGUGAUUCUGCUGUGCAAGCAGAUGAAUUACAGAUUGCGGUUAAUGGCGAUCUCCCCAAACGGAGGAAAAAGAAGCACCGAGAAGAAGCAAGUAACGAGGAGCAAACAGAACCCAAGUCUGAGCGCAAAUCGAGGAAGGACAAAAAGAAGCUCCUUCAGGAGGAGGCAGAUGGCAUGGACAUUGAUAUACCAGAGGAGGAUCUCAGCGUGAAGCCGGCCAAAAAAGACAAAAAGAAGUACAAGUCGAGGGAAAAGAAGCGACUGGCUGAACCCGAGACCCUGGACGGUAUGGACCUCGACGUACCAAUGGCCUCGCCGGAUCUUCCUACCGACCCUACGUUCCCUUUCUUCAAACAGUCGAUUUCGCUAUAUCUCCCGUUCUUCCCCAUCGGCUUCGACAACCCCCUCACAAACAUCGCUGCUCAGCAUCUCGAUCCCUUGUUGAACCACUAUUCGCCCUUGCUGCGCGGCGUGCUACUUAGCUACUCCAAUUUGAACCUCUCCGACAAGCCAGCCAAAGCCAGUCUGAAGCACCCGCCCACCGAUCAGACUCCAGCCAUGCUGGAGUCUAUUGCCGAGUACGCCGUCGGCUUUGGCUGGUUGACAUUUGAGGCACAACUCUUCGUCCCUUCUCGCGGCAAAUGGAUGGAGGGGGUCAUGCAACUACAGAGCGAAGGACACAUUGGCGUAGUGUGCUGGAACAAGUUCAACGCCAGUAUCGAGACGAGACGCCUGCCCAAAGGCUGGCAAUGGGUCGAUCUCGCCAGUGCGGGAAAUGAGGAAAACGGUGGCGCCGGCUGGGAUGGCGAAGAUGUGCAGCAGCAUCAAAGUGACGAUGCCCUCGACGGCGAAGAGCUCCAGGUUGUCCAGCAAAUGCACUCCACAGGCUACUGGAUUAACGAGCGCGGGCGAAAGGUGACUGGUAAGCUGCGCUUCCGUAUUAAGAAUUUCGAUGUCGGUCUGGCUGGCGACUACGGCUAUCUUAGCAUCGAAGGCACAUUCCUCGACGACGAAGCCGAGCGGGCACUGGCUGCCGAGGACCGCGAGAUUGAGCAAAAGCGCCGUUCCAAGCAGAACCCGGCCGGCCUUCUACGGCCGAUUUCGAGGCGGGUUCCCGAGUUUAGCAUGACCAAGUUCGGGAAAGAGGACCAGGAGGAAGAUAGCGGGUAUAGAACAGUCGUGUACAAAGGGAGCCGGCCUGGUACGCCCGACGACUAG